AAAAAAAAAAAAAAUGUCUAUCCGAGGACUGAAGAAGAAACAACCAAAGACUUUUAAAGUCAAGAUUAUAACGGUGGAUGCUGAGAUGGAGUUCAGCUGUGAGAUGAAGUGGAAGGGGAAGGAUUUGUUUGACCUGGUGUGCCGAGCACUUGGCUUAAGGGAGACUUGGUUCUUUGGCUUGCAGUACACAAUGAAGGGAAUGUGUACCUGGUUAAAGAUGGACAAAAAGGUUUUAGAUCAAGAAAUCCCUAAAGAAGACCCCAUUAGCUUUCAUUUUUUGGCUAAAUUCUACCCAGAGAAGGUAGAAGAGGAGCUGUUACAGGAAAUAACCCAGCAUUUGUUCUUUCUUCAGGUUAAGAAGCAGAUACUGGAUGAGGAAAUCUAUUGUUCUCCAGAGGCAACAGUUUUACUGGCUUCUUAUGCUGUUCAAGCCAAGUAUGGUGACUACGACCCAAACUUUCACGAGCCAGGCUUUCUUGCCCAUGAUGAACUUUUACCCAAAAGGGUCCUCAGGCAAUAUCAGCUGACAGCAGAGAUGUGGGAAGAAAAGAUUACUGCUUGGUAUGCUGAGCAUAGGGGUAUCGCCAGGGAUGAAGCUGAGAUGAACUACCUGAAAAUUGCCCAAGACUUGGAAAUGUAUGGUGUCAAUUAUUUUCCCAUUGCUCAAAAUAAAAACCAUACUGAUCUCCUGCUCGGCGUUGAUGCCAAAGGUAUUCAUAUCUACAGCAUUAAUAACAGGUUCUCUCCAAAUAAAUCGUUUGAGUGGAGUGCUAUCAGAAACAUUUCCUAUAGUGAGAAGGAGUUAACCAUUAAACCUCUUGACAAAAAAGCAGAAGUCUUCAAGUUCUUUUCCUCUCAGCUCAAGGUAAACAAAUUGAUUCUGCAGUUGUGCAUUGGAAACCACGACCUAUUUAUGAGGAGAAGAAAAGUGGAUUCAAUAGAAAUUCAGCAAAUGAAAGCACAAGCCAGGGAAGAAAAGGCCAGAAAAAAGAUGGAGAAUCAAAGGCUGGCCAGAGAGAAGCAGCUCCGAGAAGAAGCUGAGCGAGCCAAAGAAGAGCUGGAAAGACGACUUUUCCAGCUGGAAGACGAAGCCAGGCAGGCCAAUGAGGCCCUGCUUCGAUCCCAGGAAGCUGCAGAGCUGCUGGCUGAGAAAGCUCAGAUUGCAGAAGAAGAGGCGAAAUUGCUGGCCCAGAAUGCUGCAGAAGCAGAGCAAGAGCGACAGAGGUUGGAGAUAACAGCUCUGAAAACCAAGGAGGAGAAACGCCUGAUGGAGCAAAAGAUGCGGGAGGCAGAAUUGAUAGCUGUGAAGCUGGUGAAGGAGUCUGACCGGAGAGCCAAGGAAGCGGAGCAUCUGAAACAAGAUCUACAUGAAGCCAGAGAGGCUGAACGGAAAGCAAAGCAAAAACUCUUUGACAUAACCAGGCUCAAUUAUCCUCACAUGGUCAAGUACCCACACUACUUGCCAACUGACACCAGAGAUGCCAACUUUGACAAAGGGUCCAUCAAGCUGGAUUUGAAGGACAUUGACCUCAAGAGACUGUCCUUCGAGAUAGAGCGAGAGAGGCUAGAUUACUUAGAAAAGAGCAAAAAAUUUGAAGAUCGACUGAAAGAACUGAAGUCUGAAAUUCAUGCUUUGAAACUAGAAGAAAAACAGUCUGGGCUUUACUCUCACUGGAAUGAAGUAUUGGGAUCCUUGGAUCGCUCCUUAGGAAAUAUCCCAUCGUGGAUGAAAACCUUUGAAACUGGCGAUUCAUCAGAUAUAAAUCUUCAUAGGCCUUUCCCUGCUUACUCGUUAAAUCCUACAAGCAGUUGGCCUUGUACCAACAAAAUCCAACACACGGUGCCAGUGCAGAAGUCAUCUUUUCAAACCAAUUCCUUGAUUGCCAACAGUGUGGGCACAGGAACCAGAAAACAGAUUGUAAAGGUUCAGCAGCAUGACUCAGAUGUGAUCUACAUUUGAAGAGCCUCGUCUCCUUACCAGACUGGUGAAACCUGAUGGCAUCUGUUUGGCUGCCACAAAAUGCACCCACAUAAGAACCCUGGUGCAGCUCUGUCUCCUGACAGCCAUCAGCACAGAGAUGUGGUUCUAUAGGUAGCAGUGCCAUUUGGCUUCCAAGCAGGUCGCAUGAGCUGGGAGCACUAAAACUGCCAGUGUAAAAUGGCUCAUGGCUUUGGGUACAGUGGUAACCAUAUACCCAAAGGAGCAUUGUUUACUUUUUAAUGCACUUUUGAAAAAACACUUUAUAUUUCUAAGCCUUCCUCCCCUACGUAAUUCUACACACUGACUUACCAAGAUGGUUCUUUUUGUGUAGAAGGGAUGCUAGGUGUCCAGGAGACGUUUGGGAUGAGAAGAAAAAUAGUCCAUCAGCUUGGUGUUCACCUACACAAUAGAUUAAUUCUGGUUUGGGUCCUGCCCAUGGGACAUGACUCUUACAGAACUACUCAACCUUGUAGUGUUUGCCUGCCAAAUAUUUUCCCUUUUCUCCCCAAAUGUUUCUCUGUUCACUUAAUUGAUUUUCAUUUCUCUGUGAGAAAUCUCAGUGUGUAAUUCCAGACGUAGAAUUGGACAUCUUCAAAUACCUCUUGUUCCUGGGGGAAUCCAUUGUUUGGAAUGCAAAGCUUCUGUUCUCUCUACAUUUCCAACUAGAUCGAGCACUUUCUGUUGCUUGCUGCUUCAGCAAACUUUGCAUACAUUAACUUGUUUCCCAGUUUGGUGUGACACAGCUUCCAAAUGAGACAAAGACAAAAGAUGUUAGCGAUGUCUGCUAAAGCUGGACUUGCUUCUGAUGGAGAAGUGCAUGCAGCAAAAUGUCUGCCUCAUUAGGAAAACCUGCUCAUAUUUUCUCAUUUUGUGUGUGUUUAAGUGUCUGUUUCACCAAUAAAGUCUGAGGACUUUGGGGAAGCAGGCGAUACACAGCUGUAGCUAACGUAGCAGCACAGUUGAGCAUGUGAGACGUGGUGUAAAAAAUAGAUGCAAAUGGUAAAUAUCUAGUUCCAAAAGCUAAAACUAAGGAAAAUACAUGAAAUAAAAAGCUUCAAUUUUCACUUGCUAGUAACAGCUUUGAACUGAGUGUUGUGUCAAUAUUGCAACAGCAUUAACAAGGCAACUUGCAAGAACAAACAUGCAAAUCCCCUCUGUAUACAUCUACAACAAGCUGAGCACAGUGGGGGAUAGCAUCUGUA